CGGGGCACGUGGAGUCGCGUCGGCGAACUCGCGUCAGGAAAAGCUUUGUAUUUUUUCGUUCGCUUUCGCUCGUCGCGUCGCCGUCGUCGCGAACAUCGUUGUUCGAUAAUUGUGCGUAUUUUUUAAAUAUAACCGAUUAAAGGAAUCGUUAUCGAACCAAGGGACGCAGAGACAUUAAUGUCGUAAAUUUGUGUCUGCUUCUUCUUUUCUGCUACGUGUGAUAAAUGCACGAGACUGAAUUUGUUGGUAUCAAUAAUAAAAUAAUACCUUGGUGACUUCUUGUACAUACUCGCGAGAGAAAAAAUUUUCUGAAAUAAAUUUACUUUAUACGCGAGACAAAAUUAAAAGUGAAAAUUAAAAGUGAUAUUAAGAAGUGUGAAAAAAUAAUUUGACUGUUUGCCGUAGCGAGACGUAAAUAAAAGAGUUACGACGACUUUUGAGAAUCGUGAAAGAAUAAAUCCGUGCGCUGAUUGCAAUUGGAUUGUAUCAAGAUCUGUGAUUGAGAACUAAUAGUGAAUGCCAGAAACUGUAUUCCAAAUCAUGCGCGAAUCCAACGGUUAAAAUUGCUUCAACUGCUUGUCUGCUUUGUCGCCGGGAGCGAAGCGAAGAGAUUGCGAUUACAUUUUCCUUUACGUCUAAGAAAUGAACCAGGGUGAAAGGCACGUCAAGUACGGUCCGAAGGGCCCACCGCCGCCACCGCCGCCGCCGCCACCACCACCCCCUUUACCAAAGCUUCCUGCUUACUCGCACCAAAAACUCUUCAAGAAAUGCAAGAGUGCCACGUUUCAGCUGGAUGGCGCGACCUAUACGAUAGUUGCAUCUCCACCGGACAGACGAGUCACGAGGGACGAUAUUGGAGUGGCUUCGGCCGGUGCUGCGGCGAACAACGCGACCGCUACUGGCUGCAGCGGUUCGAGCAGCGCAGCUUCCACGAGGCCGCGCAAUCCUUCUUCCUCUCCUGGUCGAAACGGCCAACUCUCCAAACAGGGCACUUUGACGAUAGUACGUCGAAGUUCCGGCAAAAGCAAAAGCAUCAGCAGUGGAAGUUUCGAAAGUUCUCCACCGCCGCACAAUCCCGACACUCCGUAUUUAUCGAGCCAAUCCGUCGACCUCGAUGAGAUCCUCGAUAAUGUCGAUCUCACGACGGACUCGCUUCCUGCCGUUGACACUCCCGACGCGUGCGACAAAGCUGCUCUCAGAUUGAGGUGUUUAUUGAGGCAGCUACAACACGGGGAAAUAUCCGCCGAACUGCUUCAACGAAACUUGCAUUAUGCGGCUCGUGUACUCGAGGCCGUAUUCAUCGACGAGACCAAGGUGAGUUCAGGCGGGAAUGAGUGCGCUCGGUCAUCACGUAGGGGGGCGGGCCUGACGUCUUCAUCCCUAGGGGGCGGCUUGGAACCGGACGGACCACAGGGCCACGCGGUGGUAACCCAGAAACGGAAGCUUCGCACCCCCGUUUGGGCAAGGCGGCUGGCGGACGAAGACGAUGAGCUGUCAGAGGUGCAGCCGGACGCGGUGCCGCCGGAAGUGCGCGAGUGGUUGGCGUCAACUUUCACCAGACAGCUCGCCACUACGAGACGGAAGGCUGACGAGAAGCCGAAAUUCCGCUCGGUCGCGCACGCCAUCAGAGCGGGCAUAUUCGUCGAUCGGAUCUACAGGAGAGUCACGAAUACCGCCCUCAUGCAAUUUCCGCCGGAAGUCGUGAAAGUGCUCAAGACUUUAGACGAUUGGUCGUUCGAUGUGUUUUCCUUGAAUGAGGCCGCCUUGGGCACACCGGUGAAAUACUUGGGUUACGAUCUCCUCAAUCGAUACGGUAUGAUUCACAAAUUUAAAGUACCUCCCGCAGUUCUGGAGUGCUUUCUUGGAAGAGUCGAAGAAGGAUAUUGCAGGCAUCGAAACCCAUACCAUAACAAUCUUCACGCUGCCGAUGUUGCGCAAACGAUGCAUUAUAUCCUGUGUCAAACGGGUUUGAUGAACUGGUUGACCGAUCUCGAGAUUUUCGCCACUCUCGUGGCAGCGAUUAUUCACGAUUACGAGCACACUGGGACCACAAACAAUUUCCAUGUAAUGUCCGGGAGUGAUACAGCGCUCCUAUAUAAUGACCGAGCCGUGCUGGAAAAUCAUCACAUUUCGGCUAGCUUCCGGAUACUUAGAGAAGAUGAAUGCAACAUAUUACAGAAUUUGUCGAGAGAGGAAUUCCGAGAAUUUCGCUCACUCGUGAUCGACAUGGUUCUUGCCACCGACAUGAGUUUUCACUUUCAACAGUUAAAGAAUAUGAAGAAUCUAUUAAGUUUAGCGGAACCAAGCGUGGAUAAGAGCAAAGCUGUUAGUUUGGUUCUCCACUGCUGCGACAUUUCGCAUCCUGCUAAAAGAUGGGAUCUUCAUCAUAGGUGGACAAUGCAACUUCUCGAAGAAUUUUUCAGACAAGGUGACAAGGAGAGAGAGCUCGGAUUGCCAUUUUCUCCUCUAUGCGAUCGCAACAAUACAUUGGUAGCUGAAUCUCAAAUAGGAUUCAUAGAAUUUAUCGUCGAGCCUAGCAUGCAAGUAUGCAGUGACACGCUGGAAACCGUUCUUGCGCCGCUUAAUGUCAAAGAUGCCGCAGAUGAGCCUAGCAACGGAGGGGAAAGUAGAAGGUUCAAAAUUGACAAACCUUGGAUUCCGUGUCUCGCAGAAAAUAAAAAGAUUUGGAAGGAACAAGCAGUUCGAGAUGCAGAAGCCAAAGCACAAAAGGAGCAAGAACAAAAGGCCAGUAGCAAUCGCGAGGAUAGUGGGGGAGCGCAGGCUCCGGUCGAAGAAUGAAAGAUACAACGAGCAAUUGUAUUCUUCAAAAGUCUCUGCAACUUUAGACUGCGAGGAAGCUCGUGAUUUCCCAUUGGAUGGCAUCUAUUAUAUAAGUUUAUGGGCUCCUUAUUACGCUUACGAAUGAGAGACAAGUAUCAUUCGGUAGUAGUACAAAUAGACGUAUGUGUGUCAUACACAUUAGAGCGGAGACGACGAUUCGUAACAUGUAACAUUGAGAAAUAGUUUGUUUAAAUUAUUAGACACCAAAGGCCCGAGUCAUCACGUAUUUGUCUCUGCUACUCUUAUAUAAGAUGUUUGAAUUAGAAGUUAUCGAUUAUUUUUUACGGCUCAAUAUGUAAAAUCACUUGAUCUCAUUAGAAAGAUAUAGCGCUUCUCGAGAUAAUCAUCGUCGAUUGUAUUAAUUAUGACUCCGAUUUCAAAUUUGGUUUUACGUUUGCGUGAAAAAUUAAGUUGUAAUCAAUUUCUUUUUUUCUUAAAGCUUGUAAUUUGACAGAAUCUCAUGAUGCAACCUGCAACACUGAAGUAUUCGGUAUGUAAAUUAUGUACGAUUCGUAACGGUUAAGUCUCUUCAUAGAUGAAAGAAUGUAUUACGCUUCUAAAUCCAUUAUAACUAUCAAUGAUGAUUAUAAGAUUUCGACACUAAUCGCAUAAGAAUCUCCGAGAUACUUUACGCAACGAUUUUUUUUAUAAUUUGUUGAUCAUCAUCGCACAAAGAUAUGAAUAUCGCACAAUGAUCUUGCGUUUUUAAUGCAAUCUUUUUAUUUUAAUUUUACUAAGUAAAAUAAAAAGAAAAAUAUUUGCAAAUAAUUGAGGCUCUAUGCUUCCAACGCAAUUUUUGACCGGGAGCAUCGGUCUCUCUCGUUUACAUGUUUAUCAGUAAGUCGCGGCGGAAAAAUAGGAUUUUGCGAAUUACUUCCUUGUACAUACAUACGUUUAUUAGAUGUGUAUCCGUAUACGCGUACACUGGUGCAGCUUUAAUGUGUGUGUGUGUAUGCAAUGUAUAAAAAAAAGAGCAAGGUAACAAAAUGCGGCUAUAAUGUUUAGUCGACAUACGUUACGUAACUAUUUCGUACAUACAUAUAUACAUAUAUAAAGAAAAAAAGAAAGAGAUAAAAUGUUAUUUUAUUGGAUUUCUCGCGAUAUUACGGCCGUAGGAUACUUAUGCGCAUAGCGACACGCACGUCUUUAGUUGUAAUUGCCUUGUAAUUAAACACAUAUCCGUGAAAGAAUGCGCGUCGCAACAAGCGUAAAUUCUCGACACAAUGACAAAUAAUUGUCAUUGUGUUAAUAUGCAUUGUGUCACACGCGUAAGAGAAUCGGAGACAUCAACCAUUUAUAGUCAGUUUUCCCUAUCUUCUCUUUAUCAUUCAUAAAAGAUGCUGCCGUUACUGCAGAUUUUAUGAUUUAUAUAUAUAUAUUUUUUUUUUAAUACAUCUCUUGUACACAUGUUAGUCAAAUUAUAUAUUAGAGAGAAGAGUAACGACUUUUCUUUAUGUCCAUACAUUCUUGGUAGGAUGUUUAGACGAAUAAAAGGUUAAAUCUAUGUUAAAAAAAAGAAAUUUGUUGAUAAAUUUAUAGACAAGUAAUAAAUGAAAGUAUAUCUGCUGAUAAAGUUGACUCCGGUUCUGUGUACGUGGCAAUAACUUGAGAUAAGGCUCUAUCUAUAAAUGUGGAAAAUACCGCUAUAAAUAUAGCGUAAAAAUAGAAGAAUUAUAGCAAGUUUUUGAAUGAAACAUUUUAUCAUUAGAAUCACAGAGAUAUUAUAUACUUAUAUAUCGAUACAAAUGAUGUAUAGGAUAAUCUCACUAGUUUCGAAGAGUGUAAACAUAUCCGUCCUGCAUUUAUUUAAUUCCUCUCAUUCAAUUUGCAUGAGUUUGCGUUAUUAUAGAAUAUGCAACAAUUCUUUUUUGUAGUGUUUUCCUGGAAUGUUAAUGCCUUAGAUAAUAAUUGUUUAUCUGCUUCUUCUUGGGGAGAAAUAGACACAAUAUGAUUAUAUAUCUUAAUAAAUUACAUAAGUUUAUUUUUCCUCGGGUUGCUAUUAUUUUUUAAAUGUUCUAGUCUCACCGACUGUAGCGUGGCCUGACUAAUUGAAAUAAAUCAAAAACUUAGUGUAUUAAGCUCGGCAAAAAUCCGACAAUUUCUAAAAGAUUAAUUGCUACGCUCAACUAAAAUUUAACAAAAAAUUUGUUUAAUAUUUUUUUACACUGUUAUGUGAAAUUUAAUUAAACAAAAUUCUUUUUUUUAUCAUAAUUGUUUUUGUUACAGACAUGCGAAUAUUAGCUUAAUAUUAGCAGUAAAAUGUUGUAAAGUUAGAUUAAAUCUUUUGUAAAAUUCUUUCAAAUGUUGUCACGUGCCGGUUAAUCGCGUGCAAUUAAAUUUUUCUUUCUGCAGCGGACGAGGGGCCAAAACGCGUGAUAAAGUUAAAGUGCAUUGAGAAAUUACGAUUGUAUUAAGAGACUCAUCGAUGAGUCACGUGAAUUAAAUCAAUCGGUUGAUCAAAGUUCAUUGUAAUAUAUUUGAACUUGCUCAUCGCUCCUCCAGCGAAUGAUUAGCAACUAAAAAACAUUUCUCGAAUUUAAACUCGAGGGCGAUUAAUGCCUGCUUCGUGUAUUUAUUCACGUGGCUCGAUUAUUUCAUCAUCUAGAAAGCUCUCCUUUAAAUUAAUACCGGCCUUUCCUUCUUAUAUGAUACAUGAUGCGAAAGACCGCGAUUCUCUAAAAAUUUAAAAGGAAGAAAGGAUAAACGAAGCAGCGUCGAUAUUUAGAGCGGCGUGCAUCUUAUUACGCUUGAAAUACGAAGAAUCUUUUAAAUAUAUCGAUAUAAGUAAGAGAGAUUAAUUAUAAUAGUUUGAUGAGUUUCUCGAGCGACAAUUGCGCGAAAUCGAAUGGGGAGUAGAAUGAUAAAAAGGAGUUUUAAUAAUACUGUACUUGACCAAUAUUGUAUUAAUUCUUAAGCUAAAAGUACAUACACAAUGAAUCCCACAAUGUCUCCUUUAUAAGCUACCUUUCUACUUCUCUCGAAACAAAAUACGUCCGUAUAUUGUUCGUAGAUAUCAUUAAUCUCGACUAUUGUAAAUCUCGGCGAAUGACGACGCACAUGCUCGCCACGCCAUGCAAUUGACGCUGAUCGUUUCUAAGUGUCUUACCACGAAUUCAUGAUGAUUGUACAUUUUCUCUUUAGAUUUAUUUUCUGGCACAAUUUAAUACAGAGAAGAAUGUGUACAUAACCAGCAACUUCAGCACCAUGUCCAUUUGAUGUGAUGUAAUGAAAUGUAUAAACGUAUAAAAAAAAAAAAAUAUAUAUAUAUAUAUACAUAUAA